AUAUUUUCAACAUGGCAGCCCCCAUGGACGCACAUCAGCAUGAUCAGUGUCUCAUAGUCAUACAGGAUUUAUUCAAAGGGAUUAAAAUCCUGACAUCGCCGUCUACUGAACCUUCAGCACAGCAGGAUGGGCCCGUCGGAGAUCUUCUGGAAACCUCUCUCACCAACUCCAUGGAGGCUCUCCACCAAGCUCUUGAUGGAAGCACAGUCUUCAAGAACCCUGCAGCCAUCUUGGGAGAUAAGCAGGUGUCCCUGAGGUCUAUGCUUGGCCUUCAAGCCAGCGACAAGAAGUGGGCCUACGUGGAGCAUUGCCUGGCCAUGCUUGAGAGUCUGAGAUCCUGCUUCCACGAUGCCAUGCUGACAUACGAGGAUGACAAGAAGAGAAUCGAGGGAACUUCUAAGAAGCCUCUGACACCAAACAUGGCACCUGCCGCAUCACCAGACAUCCUAAGUUUUAACCAACAGGCGGCUCUAUCUGCUCUCACUCAGUUCAUCACUUCUCUUGGAAUCUGCCCAGCCCUACUGAAAGGAGUAGGGCUUCCACUCAAUGUCAGAUCCCAGUUGGCUGCUUCCUUCAUCCCAUCGAACAAGCCUCUUCCAUUCAGGGAGCGCCAGAGAAGGUUGAUGCUGAUACUACGAGGUCUCGCUGACUGCAUCAAGCAACCUGUCCUGGGUGGAUUUAUCCUAUCUAAGAACCUGAUUGAUGUGUUGGCAUCAUUGAUUCAGGUAGUGUGCACCCUGGAGAUUAAGAAGACAAUUAAGAUCAGGAAACCAGAUGGAACUCUUGUUAGUCCAGCUGAAGGAGCACCAGUCCUGCCUCCCUCUGACAUCCACUUUGCCAAGGCCCAACUUGAGCACCUCACCCUUCACUGCUACCAGCCCUCUGUCAUCAAGGAGCUUCUCAUUCUCCAGGGUGGGAUGGGGUCAGGGGUGAAAGGUCAAACCCCUCUCCCCAAGGCACCGCCAUGGUUGAGGAAGGUGUGUGGGAGCCUGCUGGCUGAAAGGAUUGUGACUGAUAAAGGAGUGGCCCAUUUUCUACAGGGUAUCAUAGAGGAUGGAGAUACACCAUCUGGCUCCUGGGCUAGAUGUGAUGCCAUAGCAAAUCUGUUAGCCACGCCCCCUUCCUCGGCUGUACCAAAGGAGGUGUACUAUAAAAGCAUCUGUCAUCAGAUGCUAGAUGUACUUCAUUCUGGGGAUGAUAUCAUGAUGGGGCAGAUCGUCCGGGUCAUCAGUAGCUCUGUGGUUGCCAUAGUAACCAAUGAGAGGAUGAUAGCUAAGCAGUACAUCCUAGACCCGCUCUUCAAAGCCCUCAUAGCUGACAAAGACGUCCAAGGUAACAGUCAACGAGUACUGGCCUGUGAAUCUGAACUUUCGCAGUGCAUCAGUGGCAUCCAUAGAGUAUUCAUCAUAGGAAGAGAACCCAGCUCCCUUCUCCUUUCAUGUCUUACACCCAUCCUUCCUCAGCUCUUCUCUCUCUACUGCUUCUCCAUGGAAGGAGUCUGCAAUCUCCGAACCUCAGUAGAGGAGAUCCUUUGUGCAUACCUCCGUACCUCUGAUCAUAGUACAGCCCUCACUGCCAUGGAACACAUCUCAGCCAUCAGGACGAAUCCUCAGUAUGGCAGGAUGGAUGAGAAGGUCACCUUCACACCUGGUUCAAGUGGUGGUGCAACCAUGGUGUAUCAAGGAGAUGCCAGUCCGGAGGAACUGUUCACACAGAACCUGAUGAGACAUGAACACAUUGGAAGCUGCUGUACCGCACUAUUACUAAAGGUUUCACAGGAGAAGCUGUCUGCUGACUUCUUUAUCGCUGUACUCAAUGAGAUGACAGCGACAGUGGCAUCACUGGACUCAUCAGGUUUUGUAGCUGAACAAGACAGGGCUCCCCCUAGUGCCGGUUCGGUUCAUAGCAGAGAACUUCUAGACUUAGAACCACCUUCACAGGUUGAUAGGAUCGACACCGUACAGCAUGCUCUGAGGGUCCUGGCUGUUCUUGAGCAGCUCUGUGAGGCCUUUGGACCCGAUGUCCUCAAGGACACUCACCAUCUGCUCCAGUUCUGUCAAGCCGCUCUCCAGAGGUGCGUGGAUCGGCUGCAGCGGGAGGGAGAGGAUGGCACAGACAUCCCUGCUGGUGUCCUGGAGACGGAGACCCUGACCCUGGCUGUGGCUCUACUCUCGGCUUUGAUCACGGGAGAACAGAAGAAAAAAUUGGGACCAACUGAUAAACAAAUCCUACAGGACAUUCUCCCACUUCUGAUGACCAUUUCCAAGUUGCACUCGUUGGAGCCCAUCCAGAAACUAGCAGAUGACCUCACCAUUGCCAUAGCAACCCAUGGUGCUGUGUCAUCAGCCUCCAUCCACCAUGCAGGGCAGGAUAGGAGGACGACUGGAAAGAGGAAUGAGCGAUUGAAUGUUGACGUUGGGGGCAGUGCAACCAAAGGCAUCACCAAGGGAGAGUUAGGUCGACCCAAAGCUCAGAGCUGCGUUGAAUCUGCUGUGGCAAUGGGGAGAGGUGCACAAAGUGGUGAAGAGGUGAACAGCAUGAAGAGGGAUGUCUCUGCAACAAGUGACGAUGUGAGCGAGUCUCUCUUACAUGGCUCAAGCACUGAAGAUAAGUUAUGGGCGACAGGGCACCACGUGGCUGUGCCCAACCAGAAUCUUCGUGAAAGAUCCUCCCAUCAAAAUCAAGAUGCAGAGUCCUUGAGAAAUGAUCCUUUGAGAACAUGUGGAAAUGUGUCAAAUAGACCAGAAACCUCAAGACAAGUAGAUGAUAAUGAAACUAAUAAUGAAGUUAGAGGUCAAUCAGAACAUAGUACAUCACAUGAUAUAGACAGCAGUGAUUUGGAAAGUUCAAAGCAUAAAACAACUUCAGAUAGUGAAACUGUUGAAGAAAUUCCAGGCCUAUCUAGCAGUGAUUCUCAAAUUCAGAUGAAUCAUAUUGAGGAUUUGGUCCUUCAGCAAGGAAGGUCAGAUGAGGACAACGGUAGGCAACAAGUGAAGCCAGCGAGUGAAGCCUUUGAGGAAGCCAUGAAGGACCUCACCGACCCUCUCCUCCCCGUACGAGGCCACGCCCUCAUCAUGCUGGCCCGACUCCUGAAGGAGAAAGACCCAAGAGCCCUUGCUGAGAGCGAGACCUUACUGAAGAUCUUUGAGGAACACCUCUCUGAUGAUGACACCUACAUCUACCUGCCUUGUAUCAAUGGGCUAGUAGCUUUGGCAGGCAUUCAUCCAGACAGGGUCAUGCCUCAUCUCUGCAGUAUGUCCAUCAGUGGCUAUGCAACGGAUCAGAGCAAACAGUGGUCAGCAACUAGCCGGACAGUAUCCCUGGAGAAGACUCUCAAAAUGGGGGAAGCUUUGGUCAGAGCAACUAGACAACUUGGAGAGCUUGUGCCUCACUUCAGGGAUCUCUUGCUGAAUACCAUCAUGGCGGGCACUAGACACCCAGACGGUCACAUCAGAGCAAGCUGUCUAGCGCAUCUCGGGGAGGUCUGUGGGCUCCUCAGGUACUCACUGGGUACAGUUGUACAUGAGGUUCUGAACUGUGUCACAUCUGCUAUCAAGAACGACCCUGAGCCAGAGGUCAAGAGGUCAGCUGUCCAGGUCAUGAACCUUCUCCUCCGAGGUCUGGGAAAAGAUGCAAUACAAGUUCUGGAUGCUUCGAUUCGGGAUGUCUACCGCUGUCUGAAGCAUGUGAGGGAUGUUGAGAAGGAUGAGGUGCUGCUCCUGCAUGCCCAGUUAGCCCUGGAAGAACUGGACAUCUUCAUGAGACAAUAUUUAUUCCCAAAACAGACCCUCUCAAAGAAGAUUACAGUUUUAAAUCCAUAGUAGGUCCCAAGCUGAAUCGAUUUAUUGCCAAUCACCCAGUUUUUGGUUAUGCCUGCCAGGUCAUGGGCAUUUCACAAAGAUCCUAAGUUGAACUUAUCUCUAAGUUUGACUUAAUAAUCAUGGAAAGCCGUUGGUAUCUAUGAAAAUAUUUUGU